AUGCGACCGAGAAGCCGCGACGACUUUGCGAUCGCAAUUAUCUGCGCUCUCCCUCUCGAGGCGGAAGCGGUCGAAGCCCUGUUUGAUGAAACCUAUGAUCGGCUUGGAAAAUACUACAGCAAAAAGCGAGGCGACGCGAACGCAUACGUGAAUGGACGGAUUGGCAAGCACGAUGUGGCCCUGUGCUAUAUGCCUGGAAUGGGCAAGGGAAACGCAGCAGGUGUUGCAUCCAGCUUGCUAGUCAGCUACCCGGGCGUCAGGCUUGCUCUAGUCGUUGGGAUCUGCGGAGGUGCCCCACCACCACCAGAGUAUCAAGAGAUAUUCCUUGGUGAUGUGAUCAUCAGUGACUCGGUGAUCGAAUUUGACUUCGGCAGACGAUACCCUGGUGGUCUUCAACAGAAGACUGGGGUCAAGGACACGCUUGGCAGGCCAGGUCGAGAGAUUCGGGCUCUUCUAAAUGGCCUUCGUGCGGAAAAUGCUCGCAGUGAACUUCAGAACCAGGCGCAGCACCAUCUUCACUCCCUUCAACAAACAAGAACUAAGUGGUGUCAUCCGGGAGUCAAUGACAUUCUUUUCAAUGCCCGCUAUCUUCAUAAGCAUUAUAGUGAUGCUUCUCCUGCUGGGUGCGCCUGUUUUGGAAGUGACUCACCUGAUCAAAUCUGCGAGGAGGCAUUAGGUAAGGACUGCAACAACCUCAAUUGCGACAAAGCUCAACGAAUCCGAUGUCGCAAGGCCUCAGAAACCAUCCCGGUCUCCAUCCAUAUCGGACCAGUUGCAUCUGCUGACACGGUCAUGAAGUCUGGACAGCAUCGGGAUGAGAUUGCCAGCAAAGAGAUGGUCCUUGGGAUUGAGAUGGAGGGGGCAGGGGUCUGGGAUAAUGGCCCGUGUAUUAUUAUCAAGGACGCAAGCAGACAUCCCCACGUGAUGAUCCCAUUUGCGAGAAAUCCACAUUUCGUGGGCCGCCAGGAGGAAAUCCAGAAGAUAGAGGAUUCGAUCACUGUGCCAGAUGGACCGAGAAAGCUUGCCAUCACCGGACUGGGCGGUGUGGGUAAGACUCAAAUCGCGCUCGAGGUAGCGUACCGCAUGAGAGACAGACACCCUGAAUGUUCGAUCUUCUGGAUCCCGUGUACCAGCUACGAGGCUAUUGAACAGGGUUUCAUGACCAUUGCGCAGAUAUUAGGGCUCCAAGAAGUGGAGCCGGCAGAGGUGAAGGAGUGUCUCAGGACUUACUUCAACCAGUCCAACAAAAAGUGGAUCCUGGUCUUCGACAACGCAGAUGAAAUGGACAUCUGGACUCGGGGAAGCCCCACAGCACCACCACUCAAGAAUAUGAUCCCUCGAAAUGAAAAUGGUCGUGUAAUCUUCACCUCCCGCAACUGUCAGCUUGCAUUGAAACUAGCAGCAGUAAACGUGGUGUCUGUUCCCGAUGUGGAUCAGAAAACUGGCAAGGAGAUAUUGAGGAAAUUACUAAUGCGGAAGGAUUUACUAGAAGAUGAUUAUGUGACAAAUGCGCUCCUUGAGAAGCUUUCUUAUCUCCCUUUGGCAAUCAGCCAAGCCGCGGCUUAUAUCAAUCAAAAUUAUAUCUCCUUGGCAACAUAUAUGUCACUACUGGGUGAACAAGGGGCAAGCAUAGAACUGCUGAGCGAGGAGUUUGAAGAUGAUGGACGAUACACAGCGACCCAGAAUCCAGUGGCCACGACCUGGCUAAUCUCCUUUGCGCAGAUCAAGCAACUGGAUGAAAUCGCCAGCGACUAUUUGUCAUUCAUGGCCUGCAUUAGUCCACGGGAGAUACCAGAUACCAUUCUUCCACCCACAGUGUCAGCGAAGAGAAAAGUGGAAGCAUUGGGUCUUCUCAAAGCAUACUCCUUUGUCAGCGCACAGGUUGAUGAUAGCAUUUUAAGACAUUUGCGAGAUGGGUAG